AUGGAUGACCGCUUGAACAAGCCGCUCCCUUCUCACCUACUCACCCAUCACCCCUCGUGCCAAAUUCUCUCCUGCCUCCCACGAGAUGGUAGUCUCCGUGAUGUCCCGUCGCCUCCUGACUGGCACCACCCGUCCAUCCCUCCCCGCAACAUCGCACACUUUGCCGAGCUCCCUUUGAAAUUCUACGCUCUGCAGGAGACUUUCGAGGCGAUCUUCAAGAAGCUCGAAGCAAACAUCGCGAAUCUCAAAGGUUUUGAAGAGACCGUUGGCAUCCUCGAGAAGAAGACUGAGUCUAUCCAUCGUGAUCUCGUCACCGGACUUGAGAUCAUCGACCAGAACAUCUGGGACGCCAGCGUCAUGACCCGAGCAUCAACAACCUCGAAGAGAAACUCCACGGUCUCGACUCUCGAGUACGGGCUGAAGAACGUCAACAUGAAGUUUAGCGUUGACGAUUACAAAGUGGAAGGUGUCGAUAACGGCAAGAAGGUCGAUAACAACAAGGAGAACUUCCGCAGGGGGGCUCGUCGCGGGCGAGUGAGGCUGCCGUCGCUCCUGGCACCCUUCAUCCAACCACAUAGUGUGUCUCUUCUGGUGCUGCCUCAGGCUUUCCCACCCCGAUUAAAAAGGCCCAGAAUGCCUUUUUGA